AUGGCUCUCAACGUCCCAGGGCUGAUUGCAACCAUUGUCUUCUACCUGCUGGUCCUCGGCAUCGGCAUCUGGGCCUCCAUUAAAUCCAAACGCGAUGAGACUCGAACCCAAGCUGCUCAUGCGGAUAUGGCCUUGCUGGGCGACAGAAAGAUCAGCCUGGUAGUGGGCAUUUUCACCACCACAGCAACCUGGGUUGGUGGAACCUUCAUCAUCGGCACAGCAGAGACCGUCUAUGAUCCCAAACUGGGCCUGAUCUGGGCCGUGAUGCCGGUGGCAGCAACUGUGGCCUUCAUUGUAGGUGGUCUGUUUUUUGCUGUACCGAUGCGAGAAAGACAGUUUGUCACAAUGAUGGACCCCUUCCAAAUCAAGUAUGGCAACAAAAUGAGCGCCUUGCUGUCACUGGCCCCACUCAUGUCAGAAAUCGUCUGGGUGACCUCGACUCUCAUCAGCUUAGGUGUAACGAUGAGUGUGAUCCUGGACUUGUCUUAUGCAAUCUGCAUUUGGAUCUCUGCUGGUGUUGCCAUCACCUACACCCUGCUGGGGGGCCUCUACUCUGUGGCCUACACCGACAUCAUCCAGCUAGUUCUCAUUUUCAUCACCUCGUGGAUGUGCAUCCCGUUUGUCUUCACCAAUCCAUCCUCAGUUGACAUCACCACCACUUCCUUCAAUGGGACCUUCCAGCCACCCUGGGUGGGGUCCCUAACUGGCACUACGGCAUGGAGGUGGCUGGACAUUUUUUUACUGCUGAGCAUCGGGGAUAUUGGCUUCCAGGACUUUCAUCAGAGGACAUUAUCAGCAUCCUCCUCUUACACAGCCAAACUCAGAUGCUUCGCUGCUGCCUUUCUCAUCCCAACAUUUGGGAUACCUCCAGUGCUGAUCGGAGCCGUGGCAGCUUCAACAGACUGGAACCUGACAACCUAUGGUUUGCCACCUCCAUAUGAGCGUGGACAAACUGGUCUUAUUCUGCCUCUUGCGCUGCAACACCUGACCCCACCAGUCAUCUCUGUUGUGGGCAUUGGUGCGGUUGCAGCUGCAGUGAUGUCAUCAACUGACUCUGCCCUUCUGUCGGCUGCGUCCAUCUUCUCUUCAAACAUUUACAAAAAGAUCUUAAGGACCAAGGCGUCUGAAAAUGAGAUGCGCUGGGUCAUCCGCAGCUCUGUGGUUCUGUUUGGUCUCGCUGGCACAUCGCUCAGCUUCCUGCACUCAGGCGUUAUGGCAUUUUGGAUUCUAGGGGGUGAAAUCGCCUACAUCUUGAUGCUUCCCCAGCUGGUCUCUGUUCUCUUCUUCCCAAUAUCCAAUGGAUAUGGUUCAGCAGCAGGCUUCUUACUGGGAAUAUUCCUGAGGCUGAUGUGUGGAGAGUUACUGCUUGGAAUACCAGCUGUCAUCAAGUUCCCUGGGGGCGUUGUAGAAGACGGCUUGUACGUGCAGAACGCUCCUGUGAACUCAAUCUGCAUGCUGAGCUCCUUCGUCUGCAUCCUUAUUGUGUCCGCCCUGAUGGUACAACUCUUCAAUAGGAACUUGCUUCCUGAGAAAUGGGACGUCUUCCAGGUGAAAGCUCAGAAGCGUCCUACGCAGUUUCAGAGUGACGGAACAAAUGAGCUCAUGCUGGAGCCCAAAUGUUAAAAUGUCAGCAUAUGUAACUGUACGGCAUCAUAUCUGCCAAAUUCUUAAUCAACCCAGAGCGACUAGAACACUUCAGUAC